UAUUAAUGAUGUUCCUGAAGUCACAUGAAUUGAGUUGGACAGUGGACUUACUGAUCAUGCAAACAAUAGAGGCAUGAAUCGUUCAGGCAGAGGGGAAGCUAUUCCCCUCUUAGAGACGAGUGAAAUGAGGGAGGAAAGGGAAAUUGAGGAAGGUACACCCGCUGAGGACAAAAUCAUAUUUGCUGAAAGUAAAAAACGGGGAACAUCACUGAUCUUCAACGAUGCAAUUUUACUAGUUUUAGAGUACAUUCAAAUCUACGCAUUGUUACAUGCCAUGUCUUUGAGAUGGCCCUGGCCAGAGGGAUGGAUAAAAUCAAUGAAUUUUAUUUUCUUCGUCAAUGUGGACAUAUGGGAGUUCAUGAAAGUACAUACAAAUGGAACUUAUAAGAAUGUACAAAGUCAUUAUACUGAAAGUGAUACUGUUCCUGUGAACUAUUGGUUUAUUCUUUUAGCUUGGGGGAUUGUCAUGUUCCUUCUCAUUGGCAUUUUUGUCAUAAUCUAUAUCAUCUUGCUGUGCAAGAGAAACCCUAUGCUUCUCAUCCACAUAUCCCGCAUGCAGCGAGUCUAUGUCAUAAUCUUCCAAGUCCUAGCGUUGCCAUUUUGUAUUGCAUGUGCGAGAGUAUUCCACUGUAAUGGAGAUGGUUUCGUAGAUGUUGACAACUCACUUCAAUGUUUUGGAAGCACGCAUUGGGCUUAUAUCAGUCCCGCACUUGCAGCAUUUCUGGUAUACUUGAUCGCAUUUCCAUAUUGGCUAAUCAAGAAAACAAAUGCUGAAGUUCUAAUGGAUAACAGCGAUUCCCAUGAAGGAUAUCUCCAACUGAAAGAGACUGAAUAUGUUCAAGGACUGGAUAACACUUACGAAAUCAAUAAUUUCCAUAUAUUUUCUUCGUUUAAACGUAAAGGAGUACAUAUGCGAGCUGCAGUGCAUGUACUGAAGCUAGUCCAAGUUGUUUGGUAUGCAGCCCUUUUUCAACAUAUCCUUGCCAUGGCUGCACUGGUGAAUGUCUUUCUAAUAGCCAUGCUACUGACUUUCAUCAUUAUGCGUCCGUUUAGGGUUGGCUGCUUCAACAUCAUCCUUGGUAUCACAUAUCUUUGUCUGAUGGCAAACAGUCUCCUGGGAACCAUGUUGACAUCAUUUGAUGCAUUCAGUGUCAGGUCUCCUUGGUUGACACCCACCUAUAUGACAUACAUGCUGAUUGCCAUUAACGUUGUUUGGUUGAUCUCUGUCAUCGUGUUUAUCAUCUACCUGGUUGUACGCCACUUUGGGGGCUGCAGGAAGUAUCUUCAACCAUUAUGGCCCUCCAUCACAACACACGGGCUGAACAAACUCACACCAGAGACUAGGAAGUUCAUGAGAGCCAUCUUGAAAGCCAAGCAAAUAAUGGAGAGGGCAGUAUUGGCUCCACCACUGUUUGCUCCUGCCCAUGAGUUAGCACGUCAGAUCCAAGUGAUCAAUGCAUACACAAGAGAGGCUGAGAUGUUAGAUGAUCAAGUUCAUACCACACUACUUGACACCCUUGAUGAACUCAUAGAGAUUCACUCCCAAGUCUCUCCAAGAUCACUCUUUGCUGAGAGUGUUAAAGAUUCGAUAAGGGACACGGCUGAAGCUCUUAUGGAGAUCAUGCCUAUGUUUGUGAGACGUUUGGCACAGAGGGAGUAUGACUUCAUCUUAGUGAAUCCUGUGAAAAGAAGAUUGCUCCUAAAGAUGUAUUGUCUAGGUUUGUUCCUUAAUGGUCGCUCAGAGAGAAUCAAGAAGCAGAAGUUGAUGAACACAGGAACUGCCCAGUUAUGGCACGAGAAAGAAGAGGACGAAAGUCCAGAUGAUGGCUACUUUGAUGAUCUAUACCCUGGUCAUUUUAAUAAUAGAAACCAGACCUAUUCACCAUCCCUGAACCUCACCGAGAUGGACAUGACUGAAAUGGAUGGCCCUAGGCUGACUGAUAGCCAGGCUGUUGAUAUGUGGGACCAACCAGGCACAUCACAAGAUGUUGCAGAAUUCUUAGCUGUAGAUAUGGACUCCAAUCAGGCAGGUUCGAGUCUGUAUAAUGAUACAGAUUCAUUAGCACUGUCUGAAAUGAUGCAUGGAGUGCCGUCCCUAUCACACCAUAGUCACAGCACACCCAGUUCUGUCUCACAUCAAAGUUCCCAGCGCUCUGUAAGGCCAGGCUCCAGUGUAUCCCGCCAUAACCCUCGUCCUGCAUCUGCCAUGUCACUGACCCCCAUUAGACCAGGCUCCCCUGCUAGACCAGGCUCUGGUGUCUCUAGGACCCUCAACAUGGCACAUGUUCCUCAUAAACAGAUUGAAGAGGCCAAUGUGAAUGAAGAAAAGAAACCUGUUAACAAAGAUCCUGCAGUUGUGGAGGAGGUCUCUCCUAGCAAUAAAUCAAAUGCUGAACCAGAUAAGAAAAGCAACAAACUGGAAGAAGUAAAAGAUGAGGUUGCUGACAAGCCCAAAGUAUCAGUAGAUGAACCCAAGGUUGAAGAAACAAAAACUGAAAGUGAAGAGACUGAAGCAACACAGAAGAAACACAAGAAAAAGAAGAAGAAAAAUUCCAGAGAAAAGGAGGAAAAUGUUGAUGGAAAUGAUAAUGAUAACCAAGAUAACAUAGAUGGAGAAACCCAAGAUGACGUCAAAGAGCGAAAGCAUAAAAAGAAGAAGAAAAAGUCGAAGGAUAAUGGUAAUGAAGAGAAUGAGUUGGGUGAUGGUGAUGGCAUUGAACAGAGUGGAAAGAAGCAUAAAAAGAAGAAAAAACAUUCCAAAGAGAAAGAAAUAAAACCAGAAAAUGAAAGUGCAAAUCAAGAUGGGAAUGAAAAUACUGUUGAUGAAGCAAAGCCCAAAGGUGAAGAUAAUGGUGCUUUUGAUGGAAAAGAUGUUCCAACAACAGAGUUAUAAUACCCUAAAUCUUUUGAAUGACCUUGGAAUUUACAAUACAGUAAAACAUGUGAAGUGGAACACCUCCAUAAGUGGA